AUGGGGAGUACACGAAGAUAUGAGUUUGGGGAUUUUUGCCCUGCGAUCAUUCAAACCCUAUCGAAGAACCCAUUUCCUAUCAGUCAGACACCGCUCAAAUCAGGUAAGAAAUCCUAUCCUGCACCGGAGUCGAACCAAGUGAUCAUUUCCUUGCUUUCGCUGUUUGAGUCCGUAUCACCAUUCCUCUGCAUCGCUGCAGCCCUUCCUCCAGCUUCGCAAUGUCAUCGUCAUAUAGACUCACGACCUUUCCCCAGAAACUUGUUGCUUCCUCAGUCAUCGCCUUAGAAAGGUUAUACCGGACGUAGUAGAUUGGGUGAUGAUAGAUCGCUUGCGCUUUCAAUCGAGGAUCUGCUCCAUUUUCCAGCAGUAGUUCGAUGACAGGCAAAUAACUUGCACUUUGACACCGUGAGUCAUGUGAACAUUGUUGAAACAAGCACCCAAU